AGAGGAGUAUAAUAAGAGGGAAUUGUAUUGUACUAUGUAUGUGCGGCGAUGGAAGCAAAGCUGCCGCCAUUUUCACCUAAACCCUCAAUAAUCCCAAUCCUCACCACAAUCCCAUCAUCACCACACUCUGAAACCUAGUCAAUCCCAUUUCUCUAAAAUGCCCCCCUCGGAGCUCUCUUGCUCUGCAAACCCCAACCUCCACGACUCAAACUCCGGCCUAUUCGUCACCGGCGGUUUGUUCCUGGAGCCCACGGUCCCCAAUUCGCUGCUCAAUUCCGUCUCGUUCAGAAAGACCUCAAACGCCGUCGUUUCCGGGUCGGGUUAUGCGUGCCGGUUGCGACUGGCGGGUGGCGGUGGCGGUGGAUUUUUGUCGGUGAGUUUGAGAAGCGAUGGGGUUGUUCGGGAGUCGAAAGGGGGGUGUUUGGUGCAGAACGGCGAGGAGGGCUCGGAGGAAGCAGCGGUGGUGGUGGUUCAAGAAGAGAAGAGAGAGAAAGUUGGGAUUAGGAGAGGAAGGGCCAUGAACACCACCAAGCAUUUGUGGGCUGGUGCCAUAGCCGCCAUGGUUUCCAGAACGUUUGUUGCGCCGCUUGAGAGACUAAAGCUGGAGUAUAUAGUUGGUGGUGAACGGAGGCAUCUUUUCGAUCUUGUUAAGAGCAUAGCGGUUUCUCAGGGCGUGAGGGGGUUUUGGAAGGGGAACUUAGUCAAUAUUCUUCGCACAGCUCCAUUUAAAGCAAUCAAUUUUUAUGCAUAUGAUACUUACAGAAAACAAUUGCUUAGAUUUUCUGGAAAUAAGGAGACUACAAAUUUUGAGAGAUUCGUUGCUGGUGCUGCAGCUGGAAUUACUGCUUCCAUACUCUGCUUACCUCUUGACACGAUUCGAACUAAGCUAGUGGCUCCGGGUGGGGAAUCCUUGGGCGGUGUCAUUGGUGCUUUCCGCCACAUGAUCCAGACUGAAGGGUUCUUUUCCCUUUAUAAGGGCCUAGUACCAUCCAUAGCAAGCAUGGCACCUUCAGGUGCAGUUUUCUAUGGUGUCUAUGACAUAUUAAAAUCAGCUUACUUGCAUUCACCGAAUGGAAGGAAAAGAAUUCAGAAAAUGAAUCAGCACGGUGAGCGCCUGAAUGCUUUUGAUCAACUGGAGUUGGGACCGGUUAGGACAUUACUCUAUGGAGCUAUUGCUGGUGCCUGUGCAGAAGCUGCCACUUAUCCAUUUGAAGUUGUGAGGAGACAGCUUCAAUUGCAAUCCCAGGCUACUAAAAUGAGCACCUUGGCGACUUGUAUUAAGAUAGUUGAACGAGGAGGGGUCCCGGCACUCUAUGCAGGACUUGUUCCCAGCUUGUUACAGGUACUUCCUUCGGCUGCAAUAAGUUACUUUGUCUAUGAGUUCAUGAAAAUUGUUCUCAAGGUAGAAUGAAUUAAGUAGAACCUUUGGAGGAAUAUGAUUGGAGUUUUUACAGUGAAUCUGAGAGGAGCACCGGCUAUAAAUUCAGAUUGGUAGGAUUUUAGUCAUACUUUAGCUGUUACCAUUAAUGUUCUUGAAAGACUCUUGUAAUAGGCAAAAGAAGGAAUACUACACAGGUUUCUGCACAUCUUUAUCUUCUCUCAGUUGAUGCUCUGCAUUUGCAAAUCAACCUUUUGUUCACCGCCGAUUUUGACUUCAUUCUCAAGAAACUUUACAUUUCGGUCAGGAAAUAGCGUUGCUUGGUGCUGCUCUCGACGUGUUUACUAUCACAUUCCCAUAUUGGGAACCAGAGUUCAGGUGAGCAUGCUUGUUGAUGCAAUUCCAUACAUACCACAUUUGAUUUUGGCCUUGAAGCACAUGCCUGAAAACUGGAGGGGAUUUGCUGUUUGCCGCCCUCAUUUACGUGCAGCAUCCAUUCAAUAGUCGUUGCUUUUUCCCCUAGUUGUUGCUUUUUCCCCUAGUUCUGCAGUAUUAUGACAACAUCACUCCUAGUACACUCUGGUUAGCACUGAGGAAUUGCAACACUGGCUUUGACUACCAUACAGUGCUACUGCAUAGUGCUAUUGUUGCGUAGAACUAGCUUUUAGCUGUAGAAAGUAACCUAGUCACUCAUCACAUGCUAAAUGCUGCUGGAAUGUGCUUAUGGAAUCCAUGCUUAUGUUUUUUCCGAAAGGUGGAAUGCAUGUUCUUGUUGUGGGAUGAGCCCAUACUCA